AUGAAAAGCAUAAACAACAACUGCAAUACAAUGACAACAAUAUACGUGCAACAUUCACAACAUGGGUUUCUUUCUCCUCAGCAUUCGAGAAAUCAAAACUUCAAAUCAGUCAACACCCCAAUUACCACACUACCCUCUAAUCCAAACAACAACGUCAACAUCAACAUCAACAACAACCACAGCGUUAACAACAACUGCGGUUGGUCACUGGUAGCAGAAAAAGAUUUUCGCAUUCUUCUGACAAUUUUCUACUUUACAAAUCCAAGAAUAAACGUAGACAGAUCAACAGUAAACAAGUUUGACAGUGAUUAUUUCCUAUUUAGCAGCAACAAAUAUACAAGCAGCAACAACAACAACAAUGGCGAAGAUGCAAGUCAAGAUGUCAUCUAUAAAGGAGUGAAUAUUUCAAAUAACGUUUUCCCGUCGAUGCCUUACAUUCAACACAGCAACAAAUCUCCAUCUUGCUUACGCCGCAAUUUUCUUUUGACACGUGAUCGCACUUCCGGCAGAGAAGAAUGCGCAAGCGCGAACAUGAACAGGCGCGUCCGAGAAAUUUUUUUUUCAGACAGUAAUCACGUGGACGUCAUCAUCAAUUUUAUGCUGACGUCAUCAUCACCUGGUCAGGCGUUCAACUUUUUACUGAAGUACCAAGUAUCGGCGAUAUCAGAUUGGAAACUCGGCAGCAAAAGUAUCGCCGAUACCAAACCAAAGCCAAUGCCGAAAUGUAUCGCCGAUAUAAUAUCGCGAUAG